AUGUCUGACGGGUCCCUCUACAUCAAAGAUUCUCGAACAUCUCGAGAAUACGAAAUCCCAAUCCAUCGUAAUACCGUUCUCGCAACAGCGUUCAAGAAGAUCAAAGCUUCACUCAAUGGAGCAAACAAGGCGGACAAGGUGGCUGAUGGCCUUCGUCUCUACGAUCCAGGACUGCAAAACACGACUGUGGUGGAAACAGGCAUGACCUACACAGACAGCGAACGCGGGCUACUGUUAUUUCGUGGGUAUGCGCUGGAGCAAUUGUGGGACGCUGAGUUUGAGGAUAUGCUACACCUUAUGGUCUGGGGUAAAUUGCCCACUUUGUCCCAGCGAGAGUCCCUACGAAAGACUCUAGCCACACUCAUGGCCAACAUCCCGGAGCACGUCGUAGAGGUCAUCACCACAUUCCCAAAAGCUGGUCCGAUCAUGCCGAUGAUUGUGGCAGGGCUAUCAGCAUACCUAGCCGAUGAUGUUGGUUCUAUUCCAGCCUAUAAUGGAGGAAAUAUAUACCAUGGAAAUAUAGAGAAGGUCGAUGAGGCAAUCCUUAAGACCGUCGCUGCUUUUGCAACUGUAGUUGGUCUUGCUGCUAGCCACCGACGAGGAAUAAAAUUUAAACCCGCAACAACCGACAACACCUACCACGAGAACCUCUUUAUUAUGAUGGGCCUAGUCGAACCGUUUACAGAACGACCUGAUCCUCUCAAACUCUCUUGUUUCCGGCGCUUUGCAGUACUGAAUGCAGAUCACGGGAUGGCCUUGUCUUCGUUCUCGUUGCUGGUAACGGCGUCUUCGCUAACGGAUCCCAUUUCAGGACUGAUAGGAUCCCUGGCCGCUGCAUACGGUCCAUUGCACUUUGGUGCUCCAGAAGCGGCCUACAAAACUCUGCAGAAAGUAGGCAGUGUCGAAAACGUACCGGCCUUUCUAGAUAAUGUCCGGACCGGGAAACAAAGACUCUUUGGCUAUGGCCAUCGGACUUACAAAACCGUUGAUCCGCGAGUCAAGCCAAUAAAGGACAUGCUGGUUGAACUUGAUGCUGAUUCCGACCCAUUGCUGCAAACUGCACGAGAGAUUGAUCGUCUUUCCUCGACCGAUGAGUAUUUUCUCCGACGUGGCUUACAUGCCAACGCAGACUUUUAUGGAACCUUCUUCUUCGUUGCACUGGGGUUCACACCAGAAGAAAUCCCUAUUGCGAUGCUAGCACAACGGAUUGUAGGUAUUAUGGCUCAUUAUCGAGAGUCUAUGCUGCGAGAUAUUAGGCUAUUCCGUCCCACUCAUGUCUACAUCGACACUGGAAUCAUUGUCAUGAUAAUCAAUGAAAAGAGUGACAUCAAAACGACCAAUAAGCAGGCGAUGGACAAUAGACAUGCGUCUGAACCAUUGAGUUCACGUUCUACCCCGUCUGACCGUAUUGGAGACUCCGAGAGGACUCCCUUGCUGAGAAGGUCUCCAGAAAAAUAUUCACAAUUUACUGGGCGACAAAAGCUCUUCAUUGUGCUGAUAGCAGCAUUUGCAUCUACCUUUUCCCCAUUUUCCUCUAAUAUUUACUACCCUGCAAUCAAUUCCAUUGCCAGGGAUCUCAAUGUUAACGCGGAGAUGAUGAAUCUCACGAUUACAGCAUACAUGGUGUUCCAAGGAUUAGCUCCCACUUUCAUGGGGAACCUUUCCGAUUCAGCAGGUCGACGGCCCGUAUACAUGCUGUGUUUCUCGCUCUACAUCAUUACCAAUAUCGCACUCGCACUGCAGAAUAACUACUGGGCUUUGGUGGCUCUUCGAGCAUUACAAAGCACUGGUAUUAGCGCUACUGUGGCUCUUUCCAACGCUGUCGCCGCAGACGUAGUCACCCCAGCUGAGAGAGGAACAUUCUUGGGCAUUGCAUCCCUCGGAGGGGUCCUCGGACCAGCUCUUGGUCCUACCCUUGGUGGCCUGAUGAGCGAAUAUUGGGGAUGGAGGAUGAUAUUCUGGUUUCUUGCAAUAGUCUCAGCAGUAUUUUUUAUUCCUCUUCUGCUAUUCUUUCCAGAGACAUGUCGAAAAAUAGUUGGCGAUGGAUCUGUCCCGCCACCGGCGUGGAAUCGCUCAUUGCUCGAUCUACGAACCUCUCGGAAAAUACCGAGCGAAGAGACAGUAGAGCGUUUUGAGCGACCAAAAAUACGCUUCCCGAAUCCGAUUACUACUCUUCGACUACUAUUCCAGCUCCCAACCGGGCCCGUGCUGUUCGUUAAUGGAAUUGGAUACGCCGCUUAUUACGCCGUUACCGCUAGCAUACCAUCUCAAUGGACACAGAUUUAUCACCUCAAUGAUCUCCAACUAGGGAUGACCUACAUCCCCAUUGGCCUGGGGACAAUAGCAUCAGCUUUCACAAAUGGAUGGAUUGUUGACUGGAAUUUUCGGCGAGUCGCGGCGAAACAGACUGUUGGCAUGCCACCUAUCAAAAAUGGAAAACCUGACUUAUCCGAAUUUCCCAUCGAAAGGGCGCGUCUACAGAUCACCUUGCCAACUGCAACUAUGGGAGCUGUGUCCAUAGCAGGUUAUGGAUUGAUCUUGGAGAAGGAAGCACCUAUCAGCGUCGCGCUGGUGUUUUUGUUUCUCAUCGGAUACUUCGUGACAUCAAGCUACAACGUGAUGAACGUGCUAAUUGUAGAUCUGAAUCUGGACGCGCCUGCGACUGCCACUGCGGCCAACAACAUGGUCCGCUGCUUUCUAGGAGCUGUUUCUACGGCAGCAAUAACCUGGGUUCUGGGUACCAUAGGGCGCGCCAAUAGUUUUAAUGUCGUGGCAGCAAUCUGGAUAGCGACGGUGCCUUUGGCAUUGUUGGUGUAUAUUUUCGGCUGGGAAUGGAGACGGACAAGUACGAAUUGA